ACACAACCGCGCACACACAUACACACCCAGACAAAGACACUGCAAGAGACGAGGGACUUGUAGUUUUGACACAAGGGAUACAACAACUUUUUAUUCCAUGAACUCAGAGACACAAACACACAAUGAAGUACCAGAUACUUUUCCCUGCCUGUUUUCUGCUGCUCUGGACUUUGGCAGACCCUGCCGCUAACUCUGACUCUGAGAUAAAAGUGACUACUAUCUCUGAUGGCAUUCGGUUAACUUGUACCCCUGGAAAAAAAAUUGAAUUCAUGAAGAAAUUAUAUGACUCACCCUACAAAAUGCAAUACAGCGACAACAAUACAGGGGAAUACAUGUGUCGGAACGAAGCUGAUACUGAUGGACCAAAAAUCUAUGUCAAAUUUCGAACCUGUGACAACUGCAUAGAGCUUGACGUGGGAUCGAUUGUGGGGUUAGUUGUUGGAGAAGUGGUGGCCACGAUUGCAAUAGGCGUGGCUGUCUACCUCAGUGCCUCUCAGAAGAGGAUUGAUCCAGUCAUGUUGGAAAAGAAAAGAUCUGACAGACAGCAUCUCAUCCCACUUGAACACAGCAACAGAGCCCCCAAUGACCAUUACCAGCCUCUGAAACACAAAGGUGCUCAGAAAGACACGUACGAUGUUCUGACCAACAGGAGAUAGACGGACGGUGGUCUCCUGUCUUUGAAGCCUACCCUUCCCCAGCUUUCAACAUAUUCUGCAUGCAUCCUGGGAGGGAACUGUUCAUCUUGAUUGUUUUUAGCUUUCUGUAAAUGUUUCUCUGAAUGACAGUAUGUUUAUGCUGUCUGUCACUGUUCAGGGUUUUUAGCCGUUGUUUUUAAUGAUGAUUGUUUUUGAAUCAACUCACGUGGCUUUCUCAUUAACUGUCUUCUUCCUCAAUAUUGUAAGGAGGGUUAAAGAAAAGUUAAAAAAUGAGAGAUAAAAAAGUUAUUUCCUGUCAGGUUAGCGGCUAUGAUCAGGGGUGAUGAAUUAGUAGUAAUACUUCUUGUCUAUAGGAGCCAUUUUGCUUACUACAUCAUACUUAAAUGAUAUUUGUAGAGUUUCUAAUAAGUUGUAAUUUGAAGAUGAUACACAUGUAUUUUGUACACGUACAUUUGAACAUGAAAGAACUAAUGAAAACAGAAGAAACUGUCCUGAUGAAGUUACAGUUUUACUCGGUUGCUUUGGUACAUUUCUCAGAUCAGAAUUGAAAUUCUCAAAACUACUUGUUCAAUCUUCACAUAAUUGCGUCCCUUGUGCACAUCAAAAAAGUAGUUUCUCAUUUCUUUGAACAAGUUGCAAAUGCUUUGGUACAUCCAUGCCAAUGAUUAUGUACAAUUAUCUGCCGUUUCCUACGUUAUCAAGUGCUUAUGUCAUGUUGAUCAAAAUGUAUUAGAAUGGGUCUCUGUUGAAUAGUCUCACCCUCCACAACAUUUAGGCAUUAGUUCAUCGCAUAAGUCUUCACACGCAGAAUGGUUGAACAUGUUGUCAGAAUAUGUCAGUCAUAUUUCUGUAGAUUUCCAUUUGACUUUUUUUGUAAAUCUAUCCUGAAUUGGUAACGAAGGGAAAUGAUCAACCAGUUUUCUGAAAUAGCUCAAAGGUGCAUCUCAUGAACAAUCAAUUGGCAAGUAUAUAAAUACUUAUAUAUAGGUAUAUACCAUUGACUUAUACAUAAAUGUGAAUCUUGUCCAGUCUCUUGCAAUCAAUCUCCCACAUACACUAAUGUGUAACUUACAAUUUACAAUAACUGUCAUCUAAACUUUAGCCAUAGUUUACAUCAGAACGUCCCUCUAGAGUACACUGUUAUAUUGACAACAUGACUCAGCAAUUUGACUGUCUUAUCCGUACACAAUGACACAAGGACUUGUCAUUGUGAUGGCACUGACAUGUUCUUUGACACAGAUAUUUACUUUUGAGAGAUGAACUAAGGCUUUUGAGCAAGAUACUGGCUUUUGCAGGUAAUCCAUGGUGUUUUGAUAUUUGUACGAAUUGUUUCGAGAAAUGCACUUACUGUUUUGCAAAUGUCGAGGAUGAUUUGAGAAAUGGACCAAAGCGACUGUAAAAACAUGGUUUGAUAUGAAUAUGCUAUCGUUAGAUAAAGAUACAUCUAAAUUCAGGUGUCCAGAGGUGACUGGGUUAAAUUUGAAAUCAAAUUAAAUUUAAAAGAUGAUGAUAUUCAUGGAGUGUAUGAAAUCACAUUUCUUGGAGUCACCAUAGAUCAUUGAUUUAGAAGCUGAACAUCACAAGAAUACAAUCUAAAUACAUUCAAAUCUUUACAAAAUAAAAGACCUGAAAAAAAAGUCUACUUUAGUUCUCUAUUAUGCUGUAUAUGAAAUACUGAGUUGAGUUAUUGGAAAAUGUAUAUAAAACAAAUAUGGAUCAUAUUAAAAAAGGAAUUAAAAUAAUAAAUAAAACUUGUUACCAUGAAGUUACUAA